AUUAUGGUUUUGUUUUGCAGACUGGCUGUUUUGCUGCCAUAGCUGUUGAACUCAACUUCCGUCAUGAUGCCCAUGCUCUAUUUAUCUGCACAAGCAUGUUCGGUCUUUUCCUCAGCAGUAUUUAUCCCACUGUCAUUGCUUUAGCAGAACAAUACAUCCACAUGACAGGAUUUGUGACAAGCUGUGUGGUGAUAGGGGCAGCAUCAGGAGAGAUGGCUUUCCCAGUCAUUGUUGGUCGACUGUUCUUUGCAUUUGGACCUCCAAGUUUCUUCAUAUUUUGUACAAUAGUAAGCUUCAUCGGGAUAUGUGUGUACAUUGUGCUCUGUUGUAUAGGGCAAUACCACAUGCGCUCACGUAAGUAUCAACUAAUUCUCAAAUAUCAAAUUGCAUUACGCUCCCUUUAUUGUAGAGGUGGUUGA